AUGAUAUAUUUCAAAGAGGACGAUGUCACUGUCCAGCACCAUGAAACAUGUUGUGAAGAAAACAACCCUCGAGAAGAAGAGGAAGAGGAGGAAGUAGAGGACUAUCCUGGCGACGAAGAAAGCGAAUUUGAUUGGGACGAUCUUGAUUCAGAUGAAGAAGAUACACCUUUACCACCCGACCACCAUUGCUGCCUAUGUCUUACAAGAAGCUCUUCGCGGCUCUCAUGGAUCUGUUUCUCUAUCAUGUGUGCUAUUUCUGUGGCGGUAUGUGUUGCAGUAUUUAUUACAGUCAAGCCACAAACAGACCCCACCAUGACUUCGUACAACCUUGCGCUUUGGUUUACCUUUGUUGCCUUUGUAUGUUGUGUGACACUUGCCACACAAAUGAUUGUAGAGAUCCUACCGUGGUUGAUUCGAAAUGUGGCAGCGAUUAUUACACCCACGAAAGCGGAAUUUGUGCGAUCGAAACUAGCGUACUACAAUGAUUUACGCUCCUAUACCAAACUGGUGGUGAUCGGUGCAUGGACAUGGGGUUCAUGGGCCUUUCUUCGACGUGAGCUUGAUUUACCCGAGGGGUCCAUGCAACCGUACUAUGUAAAGAUUCUGGAGCAAGUAUGGGAAGUCUUCUUUUUGGCAACCUUGCUACUGUUCAUCGAAAAGUUCUUUUUACAGAUCAUUGCCACAACGUUUCAUAAAAAGGCGUAUGGGGAUCGAUUGAAUAAGAAUCAACGCGCGUUGCAUAUUCUGGAUAAAUUGAGACGGCCCAAGGGGACCAAGACAGUGUUUAAGCGGAUUUAUAAUCGUAGGAACAAGAGACAGGAAAGAAAUGUGCAUUUCGAUACAGGCUCUCCGCCACCUGAAACCAUGGUUCCGAUACCCAUGACAACGCCAACGACAACGAAGAAAGAACCCAAGAAGAGACAGGGAUUUAUGGAUAAUGUGGUGAAGCAAUUAAAGAAUAACCAGGUGGGAGGAGAAAAGGAGGAGGAAGGGGAGGAGGAGGAUACCACCUCUACAAAUCCCAACAAUGAAAAAAUCAUGCGUUCUGAUUCCAGUAUCUCUUCCAUCUCUUCGGAUACGUCAAAAUCGGGCUUGUUUAUGAGUGGAUAUCGUAAAUUAGCACAACAAUCUGCCUUUCAAGAUCCUGUGAAUCAAGCGAAACAAUUAGCAAGAAAAAUUUAUUAUAAUAUCAUGGGACCUAACCCCAUUCGUCAACAUGUGCUCGAAUCCGACAUGUAUCCUUAUUUUCGAACGAUCAAGGAUGCCAGGGAAGCCUUUUCGUUAUUUGAUUCAGAUGACAAUGGUGAUAUCAGUCGACGCGAGAUGCGAGCGGGGUGUAUCCGUAUUUACCGCGAUCGAACGAACUUGGCGCGUUCGAUGCGCGAUAUGUCACAAGCGACGGGUAAACUGGACAUUUUAAUGAUUAUUAUCUUUAUCUGCAUCUGGGUGGUGGUGACGUUGGCAGUAUUUGGUGUGAAUGUCAGUUCGCAGCUGACGCCGCUUUGGAGUGCCUUUAUCGCUGCUAGUUUUAUUUUUGGAAGUAGUGCACGAAAUGCUUUUGAGUCGAUAAUCUUUGUGUUUGUGACGCACCCCUUUGAUACGGGCGAUCGUAUACUGGUGGAUACGGAAGAAUGGGUGACGAUCAAUGUGGGUAUCAUGGUGUCUACGUUUCGGAAUUUGGAUGGGUCGGUGGUGUAUGUGCGUAACUCUGUGCUGGCCACAAAGUACAUUGUGAAUUGUCGAAGAUCGGGCCGUACCUCAGAGCGAUUCAAGUUCCAGGUGUCGUAUCAUACACCUUCUUCUAAACUCAUGCAGCUACGAGAUCAUAUGGUUGUAUGGUGCAACAAGUAUCCCAAGCUGUAUACAAAGGAUGCGUGUGGAGCCAACAUUAUUGCGUUUGAAAAACUGGACUUGUUGACGGUGACAUUUUUUUUCCAGCAUGCCAAAAAUUGGCAAGAUUCGGCUGGUAAAUGGAUGCGACAUAAUAAUUUCUUGCUGGAGUUGAAGGAUGAGUUGCAUCGAUUGCAGAUCAAAUAUGUCACUCCUGAGCAGCCCGUGGUGUAUCGAUACCAAGGGGAAGUGGCGGUGGAAGCAGAGGAUUCUGGAGAUGAAGAAGGGUUUGAACGAGGACUUUGGCUGAAUACGAGUAAAGUGCAAAAUCAAGGAGCAACAGGGAGUGCUGCUGUGGGUGGAACGGGAGGAGGAGGAAGUGCGAUUGGAGGGAAUAACGAUGCGGGUGCUGCUGCUGGUGCGGCUGCAGCUGUUGCUGUGUCUGUUUCAACAGGCACGAUUUAACAAUAAAAAAAAAAUUAUAGAGAAGAAAUGUGCAUCCCUGCCCUUUUUUUUUUGUGACGCUUUCAAAUAACAAAAUGCAAUGUACCUAUGACUUUAUACAGAAUGCGAGAAAUUUGUUUUUUUUUCCUUUAUAUUUUGAUUUAAUCUAUUUAUUAUUUUAUACUGCUUUUUUUUUCAUUUUUUUUUAAUACAAAAUGACUCUAAUUAAUCU